AAAAGGAAAAAAAAUGUCCAUCUUCUUGGCCAUAAGGGUGAUACUUCUUCUGCAACUCAUGUCAGUAAUCCCUCCAAAAUCAGCCGGGGAGUUUGAGCAAUGGUGCAUAGCUGAUGAGCAAACCCCAGACGAUGAGUUGAAGGCAGCCACGGACUGGGCUUGUGGGAGCGGCGGUGCAGAUUGCAGUAAGAUUCAGAUGAAGCAGCCUUGUUAUUUUCCCAACACCAUGAGAAACCAUGCUUCCUAUGCCUUCAAUGAUUACUUCCAAAAGUUCAAACACAAGAGCGGAUCUUGCAACUUCAGAGGAACUGCCAUGAUUACAGAACUCGAUCCCAGUAAUGAAAAUUGCCGAUAUGAGUUCAUUCCUUGAUCAAGGAGCAAUUGCUGAUGAUUGAAGCAAUACAAAUCAGAUUCAGAUGUUGGUUUUGUUUAGUUUUGAUUUGUUGAGAUUAUGGAGAUGUAACAUAUAUUGUUGAAAA